AUGGCUGCGUACCUGCAGUGGCGCCGUUUCGUCUUCUUCGACAGAGAGACGGUGAAGGAGCCGCCGGGCCCGGAUGGGGCCGGUGCGAAGCCCUUUUCUCUGCCCCCGGGCAUCGCGGUUUGCGACUCGGGCCGGGGCAGCCUCGUGUUCGGGGAUAUGGAAGGUCAGAUUUGGUUUUUGCCUCGCUCCCUUCAACUCAGUAGUUUCCAGGCUUACAAGCUGAGGGUAACUCAUCUGUACCAGCUGAAGCAGCACAGUAUCUUGGUUUCUGUUGGAGAGGAUGAAGAGGGUAUUAACCCCUUGGUGAAAGUCUGGAAUCUGGAGAAGCGAGAUGGUGGCAAUCCUCUGUGCACACGAAUUUUCCCAGCAAUACCAGGUAACAAGCCCACGGUUGUAUCCUGCCUAACUGUCCACGAGAAUCUUAAUUUCAUGGCUAUUGGUUUUGCAGAUGGCAGUGUUGUUCUUACGAAAGGAGACAUCACUCGAGACCGGCAUAGCAAGACCCAGAUCCUACACGAAGGCAGUUACCCAGUUACUGGCCUUGCUUUCCGACAGUCUGGCAAAACUACACAUCUAUUUGUGGUGACCACAGAGAACAUCCAGUCUUAUAUGCUUUCAGUGAAAGACUAUCCUCACCUGGAGCUGGACACUCACGGUUGUGGAUUGCGCUGUUCAUCUCUCAGUGACCCCUCCCAGGAUCUCCAGUUCAUUGUGGCAGGAAAUGAAUGUGUGUACCUUUAUCAGCCAGAUGAACGUGGCCCUUGCUUUGCCUUUGAGGGACAAAAGCUGAUUGUUCACUGGUACCGGGGGUACCUCAUCAUCGUCUCCAAGGACCGAAAGACUUCGCCAAAGUCAGAGUUUGCUGGGAAUGAGGCACAGAAUUCGGACAAACAAGUCCUGAAUAUAUAUGACUUGUGCAACAAAUUCAUUGCAUACAGCUCAAUCUUCGAUGAUAUAGUGGAUGUCUUGGCAGAGUGGGGUUCUCUGUAUGUGCUGACCAGAGAUGGGAAGAUCCACGUAUUACAGGAGAAGGAUACACAAACCAAACUCGAGAUGCUAUUCAGAAAGAACUUAUUUGAGAUGGCCAUUAACCUGGCCAAGAGCCACCACUUGGACAGCGAUGGUUUGUCAGAGAUUUUCCGGCAGUAUGGGGAUCAUCUGUACAACAAAGGGAACCAUGACGGGGCCAUCCAGCAGUACAUCCGAACUAUCGGGAAGCUGGAACCAUCGUAUGUUAUUAGAAAAUUCCUGGAUGCUCAGCGUAUCCACAACCUCACUGCUUAUCUACAGACUCUCCACCUGCAAUCCCUGGCCAAUGCAGAUCAUACUACACUUUUGCUGAAUUGCUAUACCAAACUCAAAGACAGCUCCAAACUGGAAGAAUUCAUUAAGACGAGUGACAGCGAGGUCCGCUUUGAUGUGGAAACGGCCAUCAAGGUGCUCCGCCAAGCAGGUUACUACUCCCACGCUGUGUACCUGGCAGAGAAGCAUGAGCAUCAUGAAUGGUACCUCAAAAUCCAGUUAGAGGACAUCAAGAACUAUCAAGAGGCUUUGCACUACAUUGGAAAGCUGCCCUUUGAACAGGCAGAGAGUAACAUGAAGCGCUAUGGUAAAAUCCUAAUGCACCAUGUCCCUAACGAGACCACAGAAUUGCUUAAGAUCCUUUGCACUGAUUACCGACCCUCGGGAGACAGUGAAGGCCAUGGGAUGCUGGAAGGAAAAAAGGCUAAUUCAGAGGAGUUCAUCCCAGUCUUUGCAAACAACUCCCGAGAACUGAAGGCUUUUCUGGAGCAUAUGACUGAGGUUCAAGCCGACUCUCCACAGGGUGUCUAUGACACUUUACUGGAGCUUCGACUCCAAAACUGGGCACAUGAACAAGAUGAGCAGACCAAGGAGAAGCUGCACAAUGAAGCCCUCACCCUCCUGAAGAGCGGAAGGUUCAAAACAGUCUUUGAUAAGGCCUUGGUCUUAUGUCAGAUGCACAAUUUCAAGGAUGGUGUCCUCUACCUCUAUGAGCAGGGCAAACUUUUCCAACAGAUCAUGCACUACCAUAUGCAGAACGAGCAGUACAAGAAGGUGAUCGAGGUGUGUGAGUUGUAUGGAGACCAGGAAGCUUGUCUCUGGGAACAGGCUCUUGGCUACUUUGCACGGAAGGAGGAGGACUGUAAGGAGUACGUUGCUGCAGUACUGAAACACAUCGAGAACAAGAAUCUUAUGCCUCCUCUGCUUGUUGUGCAGACGCUGGCUCAUAACUCCACAGCCACCCUAUCUGUGAUUAAGGAUUAUCUUGUCAACAAGCUACAGAAGCAGAGUCGCCAGAUAGAGCAGGAUGAGCAGAGAAUUCAAAAAUACCGAGAAGAAACUACAAGGAUCCGCCAGGAGAUUGAAGAGCUAAAAGCAAGUCCCAAGAUCUUUCAGAAGACCAAAUGUAGCAUUUGCACCAGUGCACUGGAGCUGCCUUCAGUCCACUUCCUGUGCGGUCAUUCCUUCCACCAGCACUGCUUUGAAAGCUACUCCGAGAGUGAUUCAGAAUGUCCUACUUGCAUGCCAGAAAAUCGCAAAGUCAUGGACAUGAUCCGAGCCCAGGAGCAGAAGAGAGAUCUGCACGACCAGUUUCAGCAUCAGCUCAAAUGUUCCAACGAUGGCUUCUCUGUUGUUGCUGACUACUUCGGUCGCGGCGUCUUCAAUAAGCUCACACUCAUCACGGACUUGCCCUCGGGAAAGGCGGCAACAACGCUCGAGGCUGGCCUGCAGCGGGAGCUGCUCAUCCACACCAAGCGCAGCACCUGACCCCGAGCCCUGUCCACGCGCCCCCUCG